ACAGGAUCACAAAAAAGUAGCGGGUUCUCCGGUGCAAAGCAGCAAAAAGUGGUGGGGCGACACGUGGCAUGGCGUGGAGCGUUAGAUGGACUAAACUCGAACGGAUCAUUCCGGGGUGGAGAUAUGCUCAUAAUUCAUUCAUGAAUGAAGGUGAGAGAGAGAACCAGACACAAUGAGGUUUUCUUAUACACAAGAAUUCACUUAGAGAGAGAGAGAGAGAGAGAGAGGGAGGGACAGAGGCAAGGACUGAAAGGGUGGACUUGUUGGAAAGAAACUAAUAAAUUGGUGGUUGCAGAGUGUACAGAGAUCAUAGAGGAGAGAGAGAAGAGAGGGAGAGAGACUUUUGUGUUGCUUUUGAGCCAUGGCGGCGUGGCAGAGCUGUAAUUCUGUGCCUUUAAUGCUUAUUACAAUACAGAAAAGGGAUUGAAGGAGGAGGAGGGACUCUCUCGAAAUCUCUUCGAUUUGUCUGUCCAAGAAAUGUUGCAGUAAUCCCAACAACAACUAGCAAGCAACUGAUCAAAGAAUUUACUCUCUCGACAGAGAGAUAGAAGAGAGAGAGAGAGACUCAAAAACCCAAAAGGGAAGAGCAAAAUUCAAGAAAAAAACAAAACCAAACCCCCAUUGUUUUGUCUUACCCAAAUCCCAAAAAUAAAUAGUAAAAAAAAACCCAGAAAAAUCGAACGCAACCAUUUUUCAACAGUGGGUUGGGUUGGGUUCCAAAUCUAGGCAGUUGGUGUUGCUUCUGCUAUGGAUUUAGAGUCACAAUUGAUGUUUGGGACAGGUUUAAUGGUAGAACAAUGGCUGGGUUCUUCUCACUAGGCUACGGAAGAGGAACAAACAACAACAACAACAACAAUCAACAAGGCAACAACAACAAUCCACCCAACGAAUUCAGUCCCGAGAGCUUGUUUUUGUACAAAAACGAAGAUGUCUCCUACAAACCUUUCCAACUAUGGCAACAACACCAGCCCCAGCCCCAACACCAACACCAACACCACACUCACUCAUCAUUACAAGAUCUUUAUUCCUCGGCGGGAGGCCUAGCGAUUGGGCCAAGCCGGAGAGAGACAAACAUCGCGGCCGCCGAUGAGUCUCCGAGAUCUGGGCUUGUGAUGAUGAUGGGGGGUGGUGGCGGUGGGGGAGGAAAUAUUAGUUGCCAAGACUGUGGAAAUCAAGCAAAGAAAGGGUGUGAACACAUGAGGUGUAGGACUUGUUGCAAGAGCCGAGGGUUUGAGUGUCAAACCCAUGUCAAGAGCACUUGGGUUCCUGCUGCUAAAAGGCGCGAGAGGCUCCAACAACUUGCUUCUUUGCAUCAACAACAGCAACAACAACAACACGAAGAAGAAAAAGAAGAACAAUUAGUAGAGCUUCAUAGAGAGAACACCAAAAGGCUGAGAGAAAAUCCAAAUGCUUCUUCCUCUCUGGUCUGCACUACUCGUUUACCCACUAACGCGUCAGGGUUUGAAGUUGGAAAUUUCCCAGCAGAAGUGAAUUCACCGGCUGUUUUUCGAUGUGUUCGAGUGAGCUCCAUUGAUGAUGCUGAUGAUCAGUACGCGUAUCAGACGGCUGUGAACAUUGGAGGACAUGUAUUCAAGGGAAUUCUGUACGACCAAGGUCCAGAAAAUCAGUACAUGACCGGAGAGAGCUCCUCCGGUACUGGCGGUGGACUCAAUCUCAUUACUGCCGCCACCGCCACCUCCGCUGUCACCACCACCGCUGGCGGUGGUUCUGCGGCUGCCGGUUCGCCAACGGUAGCAUUUCUUGACCCUUUUCUUUACCCGCCUCCCCUUACCACUUUCAUGUCCGGUACACAAUUCUUCCCACACUCAAGAUCUUAAAACACCUCAUCGAUCUUACUGAUCUGUUUUAAAUAUCAAUCGAUACGUGUUUAUUGAUACUUUCCGAUAAUAACCGAUAUAUUGUUCUAUUACUUUUAACACAGCUUUUGAAGUAGAAAGAAAAACUAGAGGAUGAAUUGAAUUGAAAUGAAAAGUGAGUAUGAUGUUUGUUUGUUUUUU